AUGGUGUUCCACUUGCUUGCACAAGCCUCGAUUCACGUGCGUCAUGAAAUGGCCCCAACCACCAAGUCCGCCGGCAAGAAGUCUGCCGGAAAGACCGGCCGCAGCGCCAUCGCCGAUGUCGUCGCCCGCGAAUACACCAUCCACCUCCACAAGCGCGUUCACGGCGUCAGCUUCAAGAAGAGGGCCCCCAAGGCUGUCAAGGAGAUCCGCGCUUUCGCUAAGCAGGCUAUGGGCACCAACGACGUCCGCCUAGACCCCCAGCUCAACAAGAAGGUCUGGGAGUCCGGUAUCAAGGGCGUUCCCUUCCGUCUCCGUGUCCGCAUCUCCCGUAAGCGUAACGACGAGGAGGGUGCCAAGGAGAAGCUCUACUCUUACGUUCAGGCCGUCAACGUCAAGGACCCCAAGGGUCUCCACACCCAGAUUGUUGAGGAUGCUUAG